CCCGCAGCUUACUAUUGCUUUUAAGUUCAUAUCAUCCUCUACAUUUUUCUGUUUCUGGACACGGAUCGACAUGUCGGAAAUUCAACAUCACAACAUGAGCAGUGUGCAACAGAAAGACACCACCUACACCAAGAUUUUCGUCGGAGGAUUGCCAUAUCAUACCACUGAUAAGUCCCUUCAACAGUUCUUUGAGAGCUUUGGAGAGAUCGAAGAAGCCGUUGUCAUAACGGACAGACAGACAGGCAAAAGUCGAGGCUACGGAUUCGUGACAAUGGCAGACCGGACGGCGGCAGAGCGAGCAGUAAGAGAUGCUAAUCCUAUCAUUGAUGGCAGGAAAGCCAACGUAAAUCUUGCCUAUCUUGGUGCAAAACCAAGAAUCAACUCAGUGAACGGAUUCCCAGUAUCUGUUAGAACAGGUUAUCCUUCUGUAAUCCCAGGUCAGCUAAGUUUCCCUGCCCAAUAUGUGUAUCCUUCAUCUUUUCUACCUGCUACUCCGGGAUUGAUCGUGUCACCGCACACUCCGCUUUCUCCGGCUGCUGCGGUCGCAGCAACCGCUCACUUCUAUGAUUACGCAACGGCGUUCCCUGCUCAGUAUACAAAUGGGUUGGAUACAUCUUAUCCGAUUUCGGCAGUAACUCCGGCUCCUCAUCCCGGACAUGGAGGGAACCCUUUUCUACCUACUACUCCUUAUGUCUACCCACUCCCGCAACCUCUUCAUGGAGGAACCCCAACUGUAUUUCCUGUAUCCUAUGCCCCUCAAAUACAAGAAGUCAGGAUGCAAUAA